UCCCGCAUCGUAUAACCGCCGGUGACUUCAACGCGAGUGGAAUUAACAUAAACGUGAGCGCGACGGUUCGAUGAAAAUUUAUUCGACCAGAUUUUUGUUAAUUUUUUUUUAUCCAUUUUUUUUACUAUCCACCAUAAGAUUCUUCAUUUUUCAAGUGAUGUGAAAAAUACUGUAACGAUUCCGUUGGAAGAGAAAAGAAGGAAAGAUAAAAAGAAAUAAAACCAAUAUCGUUAUAUUCAAUAAUAAAACAAAAAGAAACGUACUAAUUAUUAUACAUAUAUAUAUUAAUUAUAUACUCAUUAGCAUAACUACUUUGGUGUAUAAAUAAUUGAAUCGAUGAUGCGGAAAGUAUACAUGUAUUAUACAUACGCGGAUUGCUGUAUUAUAUAUUACAUUAUAUAAACGGAAGAGGGAAAGUAAAAAAAAAAAAAAAAAAAAACCAUUAGAAGGAACGAUAUAAAAUUUUUGUGCAUUAAUUAGAACAAAAAAAAAAAAAUAAAUAAAAUAAAACCUACAAGAAAUCAAACACAGCGAAGGGAAGAGAAGAACCCGACAAACGAAAACUUAGAGAAAUAAAUCGAGAUGUCGGCCGUCGCACCAGCUGGAACUGGAAGCGCAGCAGGUUCGAACAAUAACGGUCCGAUAGCUGUUCCGGCGCCGGUUUUCGCGUUACCGACGUUAUCCUUCACCGUUGGCCAAGUGGCGACGGUAUGCGAGACCCUCGAGGAAAGCGGCGACAUCGAGAGGCUGGCGAGAUUUUUGUGGAGUCUACCGGUGGCGCAUCCGAAUAUACAAGAACUGAACCAGAGCGAGGCCGUGCUGAGGGCCAGGGCGAUAGUGGCCUACCAUUCGGGUCACUUUCGCGAAUUGUACGCUAUAUUGGAACGGCACAAGUUCACCAAAGACUCGCACGGUAAAUUGCAAGCUAUGUGGCUGGAGGCGCAUUAUCAGGAGGCGGAAAAAUUGAGGGGUAGGCCGUUGGGGCCGGUCGACAAGUACAGGGUGAGGAAAAAAUUCCCCCUGCCAAGGACUAUCUGGGACGGUGAACAGAAAACCCAUUGCUUCAAGGAGAGAACAAGAUCGUUGCUGAGGGAAUGGUACCUGCAGGACCCGUAUCCGAAUCCGGGGAAAAAGAGGGAACUGGCGGCCGCCACGGGACUCACACCCACCCAGGUCGGGAACUGGUUCAAAAAUCGAAGGCAGCGGGACAGGGCGGCGGCGGCGAAGAAUCGAAUGCAGCAGCGUUCGGGACCGGGAGGCGGAAGUCAGAGGAGGACCCUGAGUCCCGGACCCGGUGGCAGCGAUUCGGAGGACUCCGACAUAUCCUUGGGAGGGACCUCGCCCCCGUCGCCGUCCAGCUCGCCUCCCCCGACCCACCAACCCUCCCCCGUACCUUUGGGUCCGUUGGGGCCUCUGCCGCCGCCACCGUUGAAUUUUCGCUUCGACCCGACCCAGUCGCAAUUUCGUUUCGCCCACGCACCGGCUUUCAAAUAUCCACCGACGGGCUUCAGAUUCGGACCCCACAGUCCGCAGCACAACAAUCACCCCGGUAUCGGUGGCGGCGGAAUUUUCCGACUCGCUGAAACCAGCCCCUUUCAAGCCGUCGGACCUAGAGGAGAUCUUGGAUCCAGGCUUCCAGAUCCUCUGGGUUUAGCGCCACCGCCUCAACAACAGCGUUUGCACCCUCACGAAGGUCUCCUUCACCAUCCGCACCCUCAACACCAACUGCCGGACGGGAUAUCAAGGUUAUCCGAAGGUUCGCGUUUGUCCGACGGCGGUGUGUCUCGUUUAUCGGACAGUCUGUCGGAAGCUCACAGUCCCCCAUUGGUAGCAACGAAUUUAUCGGUAACGGGUCCGUUAAGAGUAGCGGUCCCGAGUCCCCACACCCCCUCGUCAAGGGGUAGUCCACCCUCGUCGCAACAAACACCCCAAGGUCAUCACCAAGGUCAAGGAUUGAUAAGGAUGGCGACGCCGCCGCCUAAUCCAAAACCACCACAAAUUCACAGACCGUUCUCGCCCGCGUGAUACGCAAAUUUCAUUAAAAUAUAUCAUAGAUACCCCCAAACGAUGUAUUGAUAAAAUUAGUAAUAACGAUAAUAGUAAUAUCAAUAAUAACAAUAAUAAUAACUACAAUAACAAUAAUAAUCGUAACAACAACAAUAUAAUAAUAAUAACGACGACGAUGACGACGAUGAAUAUGAUUAUGACUAUAUUACAUGAUAACAAUAUUAAUAAUAAUAAUAAUAAUAAUAAUAAUAAUAAUAAUAAUAAUAAUCGUAAUAACAAUAAUAAUAACAACAACAAUAAUGAUAGUGAUAGUGAUAAUUAUGAUUAUAUACAUAUAUAUCAUAUUAGAUUACGUCGAGUAUACCUAUGUGACAGCUUUUUUUUUUUUCUUAAUGGAACAAAAAUAAAAUCAACAAACGAAUCUAAGAGAAGUUGAACAAAAUGGCGCACAAAGAAUGAGAAAAGACAUCGCGAUAUUGGUAAAUCUACGAAACUUGAAAUGCCCACGUUACGUUGCAAUAACAAUGAGGAAAAUGGAGAAAUUGAGAAGAGAAAAAGAAAAAUCAAACAAUCGGGAGAAAAAAAAAACUCAGAUACAAAUUUUCAGGUAUCUGCAAAAUACGAAAUUGCAAAAAACGGAAUAUGGAAGAGAAAAGAAUAAUAACAAUAAUAAUACUUAUAGGUCCAGAAAGCUCGACGCGCGACGUCGUCGUAACGACGCGAAUAAAGAAAUUAAAAAAAAAAAA